ACGAUUGAAAAAGUUAUUCACAUUCUGAAGUUUUAGCCAAAUGCACCAAAACGAAAAGCGUGCCUAAGCUUUUCGGAUAAGCAAAAAAGCGUGCGUAAUUGCAUUGUAGUUAUUUUGACUGUCUCUGUUUUGGGCACCUUUGCGUUCUUCUUCUGUGGUCUUUCUUUUCUUCUUCAAUUCACAGCAAAGUUAGAGAGCCAAAGGGAAAGUAACCGAAUACGCUUGUAACUUCCCUAAUUACAAAUUUCCCAUUUUCACUACGAAUCUCGAGGGUUUUAUUGGAAUUGAAAGGUCCCUGAUCGAUUCUGAUUCGGAAAAUGCCUUCUUCAAGUGCAGCCGGUGCUGGAUCCACCGACCCCACAGCUGCAAGAAGAAACACCAAGCGACCCAAGUAUUCAAAGUUUACCCAGCAAGAACUUCCAGCGUGUAAGCCAAUUCUCACUCCACGAGCGGUUAUUUCUGCAUUCUUGCUUGUCAGCAUUGUAUUCGUUCCUAUUGGAGUUGCUUCGCUAAUUGCUUCGAGGAAGGUUGUUGAAAUUGUUUUUAGGUAUGAAUCAACGUGCAUACCAAAUAAUGUUACUGACAAGGUAGCAUACAUUCAAAGUUCUGCGAGUAAAGCAUGCAACAUAACACUACAUGUGCACAAGCAUAUGAAGUCACCUAUUCAUGUCUACUAUCAGCUUGACAACUUUUACCAGAAUCAUCGCCGAUAUGUUAAAAGCCGAAGUGAUGAGCAAUUGAGGGAUCGUAAUAAAGAGAACUCCACGAGUGCGUGUAAGCCUGAAGAUACAGCCAAUGGAAAGGCGAUUGUACCUUGUGGUCUUAUAGCUUGGAGUUUAUUCAAUGACACUUACAGUUUCUCCCGGGACAACAGGAAUUUGAAAGUGAACAAGGAAGGCAUCUCUUGGAAGAGUGAUAGAGAGCACAAAUUUGGAAAAGAUGUUUUCCCUAAAAACUUCCAGAAUGGUUCUAUUAAAGGUGGUGCAAUCCUCGAUGAAUCCAUACCAUUGAGUAAGCAGGAGGAUCUUAUUGUCUGGAUGCGAACCGCUGCUUUGCCAACUUUUAGGAAGUUGUAUGGAAGGAUAGAAGAGGAUCUGAAUGAAGGUGAUACCAUAAAUGUAAUACUGCAAAAUAACUAUAACACAUACAGUUUUAAUGGCAAGAAAAAGCUUGUAUUGUCAACUACUAGCUGGCUUGGUGGGAAGAAUGACUUCCUGGGCAUUGCCUACCUCACUGUCGGAGGAUUGUGCUUCUUUUUGGCUCUGGCUUUUACCAUUGUAUAUUUUGUCAAGCCAAGGCAACUUGGAGAUCCCUCAUAUUUGUCAUGGAAUAGAAAUCCAGGAGGGCACUGAUCAGAGAAACUCGUCAUGCUUGUUUGUUAUUUUCCAUGGUCACAGGGCUCUUGGUAUUCUACAAAUGGGGUUGUAGUUUUUGUACAUGAAUGUUACCCAAUUACUUGUAGCACUUGUCAAUUUAGGUGUUCUUACCAUCUUCUCCAAGAAAACCAAAACACUUUUGUAUGUUGUGCAUCAGAGUUGAAUAUGUUGUAUGCCCCGCUCACAAUACAUAGCGUUCGAUUAUAUGUUCUAGUUGCA